GUGUAGACACUGCUUUAUCUACUCUGUUUACAACUGGAGAAGACAGCCUGAAAUCAUUUGAGAGACAAAUUUAAAUGCUAUGGCGUCAAUUAACUCAGUAAAUUUUCAUGAAGUAAAGCUUGAAAAUAUCAGUAAAAUUGAAAGUUUUUUGAAUGAUUCCGCAUAUAAGGAAGUGAUUGAAAACAGUGAAACAUUUAAUACACGACUAUGCAUCGAAAGGCGCUUGAGAAUGCCAUUCCUAGAUCCUCAAACCGGAGUCGCACAAUAUCAUUCAACUUUGUUUAUGAAAGCAACGCAAAGAAUUCCCGGAUUGAAAGAUGGUCAAAUUUAUAGUUAUCCUACUUCUCGGUGGAGAAAAUCUCGUCGUCAGUACUUGCUACAGAAACAACAUCCACCAUUUCCGUCGUAUACCCAUAGACCCUUUGGCCAUUUACAAAGUACUUAUGAUUCAGAAAACUCGAACUUGGAUUCCGUAAACACUACCGUUGAGCCGGAAGUAAAAGAUCCCAAGGAUGAUCCUGGAAAGGAUUGGUAUUGUGAUGAAAUGGAAAUGCAUGAAUUGGAGUCGUUUGAUGAUCAUGAUCUUCCCGAUUCUGAUUGUGAUUUUGAAGAGAGCUAUAGUAAUAGGAAAAAGAAGGGUAAAAGCAGCAGAACUGGUUCAAACUCAGGGAGAAGUAAAUCGAAUAUCGUUGAACCUAUUACUCCACGGCGUGGUCGUGGGAGUGGCCGAGGACGUGGUCGAAAAUCUCAAAGCGUCGGAGAUAAUCCUGUAACUGUAAAGGAGAGCGGGGAUUAUACCAAAAAGAAUCGAUUUCAAGCGCUUCCCAAUUUAAUUUCACACACAGUUUCCGCUCCCUUGACAGUUCUUCCAGAAGAGCCUAUGAUGCCAGUGCUCGUUCCUGAAACAAAGGUUUCUGAAGAACCCGAGGAAAAAAUACCACCAAUAAAGAUUCCAACAACUAUCUAUCACAAUGCAAGUGUUACUCAAGCACCGGGAUCUACAACUGAGAAGGAAAGAGCGAUACCUUCACCUUACUGCGAUUUUUGUCUUGGUGAUGCUCGUGAAAAUAAGAAGACUUUCGAACCGGAGGAACUAGUUUCAUGCUCCGAUUGUGGUCGAUCGGGACAUCCUUCCUGUUUACAGUUCACUGCCAAUAUGAUUAUAUCUGUUCGAAAAUAUCGUUGGCAGUGUAUAGAGUGCAAAUAUUGCACGAUAUGCGGCACAUCAGACAAUGACGAUCAACUGCUUUUUUGCGAUGACUGCGAUCGUGGAUAUCAUAUGUAUUGCCUAUCACCACCGUUAAUUUCGCCUCCAGAGGGCUCAUGGAGCUGUAAAUUAUGCACCGAAGAAUUCCACAGAAAAUAAAAUCAUAGAACGGACCAAGACGAACAUGUGUCCUCAAAAAAGUGUCUAUUCCAGGCUAAACUAUCAUGACACGUAUUAACUACUAGUUGCAUGAUUCGAAGAGCGGAUAGAAGCCGAAAUCAUGAUGCCCACACGUAAGAUAUAAAAUUAAACAUUACGGGCCUGAAAUGCAGAACAUGAGAAAUGCUUAUGUUUGUCUUAUGUUUUAAUGUGAAAUUUGUGACACUCAUACUUAUACAAUAAUAAGAAAAUGAAUGAAAUGGAAAAUAAAA